AUGACCGAAUCGCAGCAACCAUACGAGCUCACUGAAACUCGCAGCAGGUCCCCAGCUACAGUCACCACAACGAUGCCGCAGGAUGAGCUCGAGGAUUUCCACGCAGUGGAUGCGCGACUGCACAAUAGCACGCUGAGGAAGCUGGAUUGCUUAUUACUUCCGUUUCUAGCGCUGCUGUUCUUGUUCAAUGCGCUGGACAAGUCGAAUAUUGGUAAUGCGGAGUCUGCGCAUUUCACGGCGGAUAUCGGGCUUGACAAGGGCGCGCUGAAUACCGCUGUUGCGCUCUUCUUCGCUUUCUUCGUAACGUUACAACCUCUCGGCGCGGCGCUGGGGAGGAGAUAUGGCAUGGUGCUUUGGGUGCCGAGUUGUAUGAUCCUCUGGGGGGUUUGUACGGCGUUGCAUGCGUGGGUGAGGCAUAGAUGGCAGCUAUUCACGUUGCGCAUCUUGAUCGGAUGUCUGGAAGCCGGGUUCUAUCCAGUCACCGUCACGUAUCUCUCCCUCUUCUACACGCGCUUCGAAUUCGGCAGACGGCUCUCGUUCUUCUACGGCCAGGCAGCCGUUGGCGGCGCUCUUGGAGGCCUUAUUAGCUACCUCGUAUUCUCACACUUUGGGAACGACGAACACGGUUCGGACAAAGAGUGGCGGCCGUGGCAGGUUCUGUUCCUACUCGAAGGCACUCUAACUGUCGUCGUGGCAUUCAUCGGAUACUUCUGGCUACCACACAGCGUAGAGACGGCUUGGUUCCUUACGCCCGAGGAGCGUCAAUACGCAUCGGCGCGUGUUGUAAGAGACAGGGACAUACAAAAUGCGCCUGCAGCGAUUCAGGAAGAUGAACGUGAGGCGGGGGAUACCUACGAUGAGGAAUCGCGGGGUCUUCUCGACUCGUCCAAGCAUUCGACCUCCUCUAACACGCCCGCACGACAACUGGUUGAUGAUCGCGGUCUGAGUCCUCACGACAUACUCUCAGCAGUCUUCAACACCAAGAUAUGGCAUAUCCUAGCCUGCAACGUCUUGUCUGCCGUCCCGGUCUAUGCCUUCUCUGUCUUCCUCCCACUUGUACUGGCGCCUUUGACAGAAAACGCGAACCCUGCGCUCAUCAAUCUGCUCACUGCGCCGCCGCAUGUCUGCGGAGCCAUUAUACUAUACUUUGCCGCCAGAUACAGUGACAAGCAUCGUAUACGCCUUAAGCCCAUACUGCUCGGCCUACUAAUCAUGGUAACAGGCUUGGUCAUCGUGGUCUUGCUACCAUCUGCUUGGGCAGUGCCUCGUUACAUUGCGCUCAACAUUCUCCUCUCUGGUACUUACAUCGCUUCUCCGCUCACGGUAGCGUGGAUAUCUGGUAACACGCCCUCGCCAGGCAAGCGCGCAUUACUCCUUGGUAUAAAUGGCUGGGGUAAUCUCGCUGGUGUCAUCUCAGCAAUCUUGUUCCGACCGAAAUAUGCUGCGGCUGGAUACAUUGUGCCUUUCUGGUGGACGCUUGCGUCUGUUGCGUUGGCAGCCAUUGGCUAUGUGCUUUUCUACAGACGUUUGAAGAGGGAAAAUGAGACGAGACAGGGCAUUUUGCGAAAGUGGAGUGAGGAUGAUGUCGAGGCUGAAAGGCUACAUGGCAGAGGUCCGGUGCCGCAGCAGCAGAGGUGGCUGAAGAAUGCUAGUGAUAUGAUGCGGUCCCAUUCGAAGCUUGCUUGGUUAGCGGACUGGCUUGAGAAGGCUGUGCGAUCGGGCAGAGAGGGCGACGAUAGGCUUACAUUUGUCUAUGGAUUGUGA